GCUGAGUCGUUUUCUGAGAAGAGACCAUAUUUGUUCGCAGAGGAAGCCAUUGCUUUCUGGGAUCUGGUUAGAGCCGAAAAGACGUGUGCUCCAACAAGGGGGUUCCAGAAGGUAACUGGGAGUUGGAAGAGCCAAGGACAUCUCCGUGCUCUGGAUUCGGGGUUCUCUGUCCAUGGGUGCAGCACCUACGCUCUGCCUGUGAGUUCUAUCCCAGGAGCGCAGCCAUGGCAUUGAAGAACGUGCCCUUUCGCUCGGACGUCCUGUCCUGGGACCCCGACAGCCUUGCAGACUAUUUCAGGAAGCUGAACUACAGGGACUGUGAGAAGGCAGUGAAAAAGCAUCACAUCGAUGGGCAGCGGUUUUUGAAUCUGACAGAAAAUGACAUCCAGAAGUUCCCUAAGCUCCGGGUGCCGAUUCUCAGUAAAUUAAGUCAAGAAAUCAACAAGAAUGAAGAGAGAAGGAGCAUCUUCACACGCAAACCCCAAGUCCAGCGGUUUCCUGAAGAGACAGAAAGCCACGAAGAGGACAAUGGGGGCUGGUCUUCCUUUGAAGAAGAUGACUAUGAGAGCCCCACAGACGAUCAGAACGAGGAUGACAACGACGACUACGAGUCUCCCAACGAGGAGGAAGAGGCGCCCGCGGAAGAUGACGCGGAUUACGAGCCGCCGCCCUCCAACGACGAGGAGGCCCUGCAGAACUCUAUCCUGCCUGCCAAGCCUUUCCCCAACUCCAACUCCACCUACAUCGACCGACCCCCCUCCAGCAAAGCCUCGCAGCAGCCGCCCGUGCCUCCACAGAGACCAAUGGCUGGGCUCCCUCCUCCGCCCGCAGGCCGGAGUCACCCGCCACUCCCCCCACCCCAACCAAACCAUGAAGAGCCUAGCAGAAGUAGAAACCAUAAGACAGCAAAACUUCCUGCUCCUUCCAUAGACAGAAGCACGAAACCUCCCCUCGAUCGUUCAUUAGCCCCAUUUGACAGAGAGCCCUUCACACUAGGAAAGAAGCCACCAUUUCCUGACAAGCCCUCGGCCCCUGCCGGAAGGCCUCUCGGGGAGCAUUUACCCAAGAUGCAGAAGCCUCCUUUACCGCCAGCCACCGAAAGGCAUGACAGGGGUAGCCCCCUGCCAGGGAAGAAGCCACCUGUGCCCAGGCAUGGAUGGGGACAAGACAGAAGAGAGAACGAUGAAGAUGAUGUGCAUCAAAGACCUUUACCUCAGCCCACAAUGCCUUCCAUGAGCUCCAAUACUUUCCCUUCCAGAUCCACCAAGCCAUCACCCAAGCACGCCCUCCCAUCACCUCACAUACCUGGAGCUUUCUCUGAAAGUAAUAGUGGUUUCCCGCAGAGUGCCUCCCUGCCACCAUACUUCUCUCAAGGCCUUAACCACAGACCACCUCCUAGAGUCGAAGGAAGAAACUUCUCCUUGCCAGUUCCAAACAAACCUCGAUCACUGGCUCCUGGCGAAGAAGAGAAUUCAUUAAAUGAAGAGUGGUAUGUUUCUUACAUUACCCGACCAGAGGCAGAAGCUGCUCUUAGAAAGAUAAACCAGGAUGGCACUUUCCUGGUUAGAGACAGCUCUAAAAAAACAAUAACCAAUCCAUAUGUCCUCAUGGUAUUAUACAAAGAUAAAGUUUACAACAUCCAGAUCCGCUAUCAAGAGGAAAGCCAAGUUUACUUGUUGGGAACUGGACUCCGCGGGAAAGAGGACUUCUUGUCUGUGUCAGAUAUUAUUGACUACUUCAGGAAAAUGCCACUUCUGCUCAUUGAUGGGAAAAACCGAGGCUCCAGAUACCAGUGCACGUUAACGCAUUCUGCCGGUUAUCCCUAGCAAGUUAGCCAAACAGACGAAACUUCCUCCUGCCUCUGUUGCCAGCAUGGGAAGAUCAGUCAAUGGUGGUGAAUGGAGAAACACUUGGGACUGAAUCAAACCCCUCAACAUGAGCACAAGGUUUUGACCUUUCACAUAAAAAAGUGUUUGAAAUGAA